GUGGGUAUUCAACCUCAAGGUUGUCCUUGAGAAAGGCAAAGCAACAGUAAGAAGCGACUUCUGACUUGAAAACUAUUUAUCAGUUGACUGGUUGGUUCAAUACGAUCAAUUUGGCGUUUUCAGUCAACUAAUUAGAUGGAGAAUUUAUAUGCAUAUCAUCGGGUGUUUCUACUUUAACAGCAACUGCUGUUGUUACUAUCCCGAGCUCCCAAUUUUGGGAAAAAUUUGGCACAUUUUGGGGAAAUAGCACAAUAACCCCAAAAUUUCCCCUAAAAUUGUGAGCUCGGGACAGUUAUAACCGUAUGAUCGGUUCGGGCACUACAAAACUAUGGCGGGUUUAAGCCUUUCUCUACUAACUUCUACUAACUUCACGAAUUUUGACGGUACUUGAUAGACUGGGUUUCCGGUACAUCUUUGGUUGCUUUGAAAUCGUCCAGGUUGGUUUGUCAUGAAUUUACUGGAUAUAUGUUUGAUCAUAGUCAACUGUAAUCUAUCGUCAUUCUUUUAUUCGAAAUGUUAGGGGCAGUGAUUUUUGUACUUGUUGUGAUUAUACUUGCUUUUGGUACUUAUUGCACUAAAAAGCAUUCUUGGUCUACUUUAACUAAGAGUUCUUUGGUUAAAGUUUGAAAUUUUUUGCUACAUUUUGUCCUGGGUACCUGUUUUUAGUCCUUGACUAACACUUGUGUUCACAUUGUUAUCAUUUUUUGUUUUUAAACCUUUUAAAUCGAAUUACAAUGGUUGGUAAGACUCACAAAUGUGGGCAACCAAAUUGUUUGUUCUCCGUUGAGGAGGGAAUGCAGUGUGACGACUGUAAAAAGUGGUAUCACAAAAUAUGUACACGACUAAGUCCGACGGCUUACAAAAGAUGCUCGAAGCCUAACUCGCAUUGGCUUUGUGUGUUCUGCUGUACGGAUAAAAAGGUACUAAUACAGGAGGCUAUGGGCCUAUUGGCUUUGGCCUGCAAGAAAAACGAUGGCGGAAGCACUGAUAACAGGAGCACUGACGAUGAAGAAUGUGUCAGUGUAGUAAGUGCUGCUACUGGACUCAUUAAACACCUGACUGCGGUUGACGGGAACGUGAAAUCUCCGUUGACAUUAACGAGAAAUGAAGUGUCGCUUGAUAUUGACAUCGGCAGUCAUACACCUCUAGUCGAAACAGAAGAUCCGGAUAAAACUCACCGUUCCACAUAGUCCAGGUGUGGCUGUUCUGAGUGGUGACAAAUGGACUUCGGUAAGAAGAAAAAAAAUAAGAAGAAAAAGGCUGUAGGCAAAACGCAGCUGGUCAGCAAGACAUUGGAAGGGACUUUAUCAGAAGAAAAAUCCUCACCGCGUGAAAAGACAUCUCUGAGAGAUCAGUCAUUUUUCAUAAGAUAAGAGAAUCUUCAGACACUGAAUCAAAGGCAAGAUUUGAACAUGAUCUCAAUCAUAUUAAGACAUCAUUAAGUAAACUACUCCCAGAUACAGUUUCAGGAGUUAGUAUUUGUAAGCUUUAUAGAAUAGGAAAAAAGGUGGAUUCCGAAAGUCCUCAGAAAAACCGCCUCCUAAAGGUUACAUUCAACACGGUGGAAGAAAGGAACCUGGUUCUAAGUAAUUCACGUAAACUGAUUGGAUCCGGAAUAUAUGUCCUGUCAUUUUUGUCCUGCAAACUGAGAGGAAGGUCAGGGUUGUCUAUGAGGUUCAUGAUUAUGAGAGAGUCAUCACGAACCGUUAUUGUUUUCCCAGGUUUUCCAGUGUAUUCUAGUUAAGCACCUUGUUGUUUGGAGGUCGAAGUACGUUUCUGAAUCUCAGGCUCUUUGAUGACCGGACGGACGGACGGCGUCACCGUCUAAGCUGAAUAUUCCAAGUGUUGUACGGAAACCAACUGGCGACUUGGUAGCACAGUCUACCCCCAAGAAUGUCCGUCCGGUCAUAAAUAAUAUAGUAAGGCAUGUGCGACUACCAAAUUCUUUCAGAUGAAAAUGUACAAUUAUAGUUUUUGUUUCUAUUCUGUAAUCCAUCUUCUUAUAGACAACAACUCCGUAUUUCAUCAUUGUAAAAUUUUUACCAAUAAAAUAGAGCUCCCUAACCAUAUUAAUACAUUUGAAUGAAUAUUUUGACAGAAACUGGGCGCUGAGAACAUAGAAGACAUUAUUUAUAUAAAAUUAUAUUCGAAUUAAUCUCAGUGAUUGAAAUUUAAAUAAUUACCCUGAAUAAGUCCAGACACGUAUGUUCGACGAAACGUUAGAAUUACUUAAAUUUCAAUCACUGAGAUUAGUUCGAACAUAAUUUUACACAAUUAAUGUCACGUAUUAAUAUAUGUUGAAUAAAGGGUUAAUAAAUAACAAGUCUUGUAUAAGUACCAAAGCAAAGCUGACCUAAGCAUUUAUGCAUCAAAAUUUCUGGGUAUAACAAGAUGAUCUUUGAUUUAAUGUGAAUAUGAUAAUUAGCAUCUCAACAACUUAUAAAUAAAUUAAUCAUACUUAUUUUACACUUACAAAACGGAUCUACAUAUAGUCAAAGCCUUACAUGUGUUUACAUAAUAUAAACUUCAAAUAAAUCAUUUAUAUUGUAUAUAACAAGUGAUUUCUUCUUUCCUUAAAUUGAGUCACUGAGUUUAAGGUAUCAAUAUUCUGAAGUACACUAAAGUUUGAACAUAAUAGUGGAGACUUCCAACUAAUUCUUGAUGAACAGAACAAUGAUCAACAUAUUUUCUUAUAAAGAUGAUGGCUGAAACAAACUCUGAUAUUCAUUUACUGAAUAAUCAGCAUUGUGUGUUAAAGAUAGAUAAAUAAGUCACUCAGAUUGUUCUAGUCCAAACUAUCAGCUUUUUUCUACUCUACGCUUGUGUAACUUCUUGCCGGUAAUCCUAUCUCUCCAUUAUAGGGACAAUGACUACAAAUUUUAUCCUAGUGGCUCCCACAUCGCCCAUUAUAUACUGGUGCUAGGAAUAGUUGGAGAAAGCGAAGAGGCUAUCAGUUUAUAACACGUCACCGUAGUAUGAAAGGAAGCAGUUUAGUACUUGGAUCUGUCGGUCCAUCACAUUUCCUCCGUUGAGAUCUUAAACGUGGUCCAACUUUGUUGAGAGGUUUUUGUAUGGUUCAGAAUAAAAAACAAUGGCAACUUUGUUGCAAUAUUUUAUUCGACUUUCCACAAUAGUUCGAUAAUUUUUCCUAUCUGGAAAAAACUUUCGUUCUUGUAUCUUUAGUUGGUUGUUAUCUCCCACUGUAUUCUAUUUUUUAAAACUUCUUUAUUGAUCACACUACUUUCCUCCCUUAUAUUCCUCCAAAAUAUUUUCGAUACUUUUUUGUGUGGCCCAUCUUUUUGUCCGAUUGUGCCAGGCUUUUUGAUAGUAAAUAAUAGUGAAUCCUUUUCUUGGCUAUUCAUCUACAAGUCCAGAAAAACACGGUAUUUUCAUUGUAGUUUGGAAUGUUAUGAUCUACUGAAUGAAUAUUUUUGAUCAAUAGAUGUUGAGCAAUGGUUUGAAAAUAGUAAGCUGUUUCCAAACUAUUCGGUAUGCCAAGUUUUCCUGCCAUUUCUCAAGUGAGUCAAAAGAGGAUAAUUUAAAAAGAUGUGGGAUCUCAGUUACUUUACAAAUUUUCGUUGUAUAUGGUAAAUUUUUUGAAGAACAAAAUUGUAGUCAACUCUCAUAAUAUUACCGCAGUUACAUAUGUAUUUAUUUACUUUAUUCAUGCGAUUUUACGACAUUGUUUUAUACUUGAGGUUGUUUCAAGAUAUCACCUCUCAUGAGUUGGGUAGUCAAGUUGAAUCGUCAGUUCCCACACUUAACAUCAAAAAUCUCUUUCCUGAAAUUUGGCUAGCUUCAUUCUUUUCCUUUCUGCUUCAAUCUAUUAUUUUGUGAAGAUGUGGCAACUGUUGUGCUAUUGAGGUAUGACAACUUGAACCGAUGCACUUAUGUGCCUGGUCCUACGUUGUAGCUGACUGACUGAUGUCCUGCUCCAUUGCUUUUAAUGACAAUAUAAAAGCGUUAAGUGACAUUCGUCGUUUACUGACAUUACACUAUCAAACGCGUAUUAAGACCAUCAAAAUUCAGAUACGUCUAAAAGAUUGUGUGUCCUACUCCGCUCUUAACUUUCAUCAACUGUUUAAAUCUCCAACAACAAUCGCGAUAUGCUCUAACUGUUUUUCAUAAAAGAAGCUUUGCGAAAGUGUUACUAAAGUUUAGAACUGCUUUUGUUUCUGAUAUUUUUUAUUUUUGGGGAGACUGAUUUAUGGACGACUAUUGAGCGACGCCAGACUGACCUUGAAAGUGCCCACCUAGUAACCAGGUCCAAAUGAGAGUUGUAGACGUGUGUGAUGGAUUAAAAUUAUGAUUUACAGUUUAUGAUUAAAGUUCGAAAUUAGGUUUAGGGUUUUCAUCACGAACUGACAUCAGGUAUAGUGCCAAAACUCUGUUUGUACGAAUGAAUGAGUGAAUUUCGUGCCAAAAUCCGAGACCUGUUAUCUUAUACGUGAUUGGUUCGUCCAUAACUUAUAAUCUCGCCUGAUUUCAUUCUAAUUAUUAUCCUGUUGAAGGUUAUUUAUACAUAAGUUCGUGUGAAAUUUGUACCUCUCUCUAAGUACAGGUCUAGAAAAGACUGCAUGUUUAGUUAAAUGAACCUCCUGGAGGCUUUUCUGUCGUUUUCUGUAGAAAAUGUAUCCAUAGCUUGUAGUAUCGUAUGGAAACAAAUUUUAUGGUAUAUCUUAAAUCAUUUAGUAUGUGAACAAUAUCAUAGAUUGCUCCUCUGAACAAUUAUAAUCAAGUAUUCUUGCCGUAAGUUUCUUGUGCUUUAAACUGUGACUGGAUACCUGUUUGGCCAAGUUGCAAUUGUUCUGUAUCUUGUUUUUUUCAAAGAUAAAUAAAGCAUAGUUAAAUCUUUUUAAAACUUACAUGUUUGUACAUUGACCAUGAGCCAUAUUUUUGUUUCUUUUUCUGAUUACAACAGCCUUAUUGAUAUAAAAUGUAAGAUACUUCAUUUCCUCUUUCAUUUGUUGCAUGAGUUGAUUCAUAAUAAUGUAAGCACCUAAAGUGGUCGUGUGCUGUAAUUGCGAAAGUAAGUGGUUCUCGUGAGAUUAUUCGAUGUGUUUUGUGAGGGUUGAUCUGACAUAUGUACUGUAGACUCUGAUUAAUGAUGUGUGACUGAAAUUGUAGGUUCUGGACUUGAAAUUGAAGAAUUCCCUGGGAAGUCUUACUGAUAUUGCAUGACUGCAUUUGAAUUUUCAGUAACUUCAGGUCUAUAUCCACUUAGAUUAAAUUUCAAGAUGUGUUUAAUAAAGCGUGAACUUAAGAAUUGUGUGGGUUAUCUUAAGAAACGUAAUGAUGUAAUUUUCCUCGGAACAAAAGUGAAUCCUACUGUUAAUUUGGUUUAUUUUGGAGGUGAUGUACAGGAUUACGAAUAUAAUAUGAGUCAAAAUAAUUUUAAUAAUCAGUAUAUUAGAUGGAAUUUGGAAGAUACUGCCCAAAAUUUGUAUGUACGAUUUACCAAUCACUUUCGUGACUCUAAUCCCCAUGUGUGGAUUAUUCGUGCUUCACAUUGGAUAUCUAAUUCAAUAGCUUGUUAUGUUAAUUUCAUGCCUUUUACGAAAUCUGGUGUGCCAUUAUUUGAAAAUGACGAUAUCUGUAAAAUGACAGGAAUGAUGCAUUUAAGUUGUUUGCUGUCAAAUGCAGCUAAAAAGUUGUUAAAUUGUGAAGCUAAUAUACAGUGUCAAAUAUCUACUAUCCCUAUAAGACUGAUUGGUUUUAGCAAAGGUUGUUGUGUUUUGACAGAGAUAUUAUAUGAAUUUUCAGUAUUAUCCCGCUCCAAAAAAUUACCCACUGAUUCCGUGAAAGGUGUUCCUGCACAAGUAUUGGGACUUUCUCAAAUCAUAACAGACUUUUACUGGCUUGAUUCUGGACAUUCAGGUACACAUCAUCAGUGGCCAGUUUCGCUUAACUACCUAUCUUUGCUGAACCCCGUCUCAUGUCCCAGAAUACAUGUCCAUGCAUCUCCCUAUCAGAUAAUGAACCAGCUAAAACCUCAAAAAUCUAAUGAUUUUUAUAAAUUUCUGGAUAUUUUAUCUCACUUGAAUUUGCCUUUUAAAAAGCAAUUGCAUUUUAUGCCUGUUGAUCAUGAAAAUUCAGAAUCACCGUUUACCAAUUUGAGAUCAAAAAAUGAGAUGAUCUGUUCAUUAGACUAUCAUUUCGAGAUUUUGAACCACUUUAUGUUUUGAAUUAUACUUUUUGAAAUAUGCUCUACUCACCGUUUGGUUAACGUUAUUUUUAAAAUAUAUGAAUGUCGUGAUUAAGAAGUUAUAUUUUCUUGCUUAUUGGCAUCCCUGUUUCCACUGAAACUAAUGAAUGAUCUUGUACCUUGAUCAGUCAUGGGUUGUAUACGGAAGUUUUAUAAUUCUUAUAAUUUUAAUCUCUUACCAAUGACCUAUUCUAGAUUUUAUAGCAUUCAUUUGAUUCGUUAUAGUCUGCCCAUGAAGAGAUCUUGUUUUAAUCGUUCUAAUUACCUUGUUUCAAUUGUUUGUUUAGACUGUUGAACAACCUUUUUUGAUCCUUCUGGGUUUUCUUGUAUUCAUUGUUUCCGGCUGAUUUCUUAAUACGAAGAGACAAUUUAAGGGUUGCUAGUUUACUGUCCGAUUUAUAUUCACAGUUCUUUUUAUUAAAGCUUUGGGAUUUCAACUGAAUUGAGCGUCGGUACAUUGUAUUUGAGUUCUGAGUUUCUCAAAUAUCAUUUCAUUUGGUCUCGCUAGCAUGAAAUUAAUUAUUUGUGAACAUGCUUUUUCAACUAUGAGGUACUUGUUUUCAUUAUAUCUAAUUUAAGUAGCACAAGCGUUUUGUCUUCUGUUAUGGAACAGUUAUCAUUACUAGAUUAGAAUGAUAUACUUAUUUAGGGAUUGCUUACUCUUCGCCUAUUUCGGUUCAUGUAACCGAGUACCACCUCUAGCCUUCGCUAAAUAAGUUUUAAUCAAAGCUGAAUAUAUGGAUCUAUACUUUAUCAAUGAGUUGCAGUCCUCAUUUCAUUGACUUUUUAAUUAUUGGGAUGUUUCUUUGUAUCGUACUUAUUGUAAGGAUAAAAAUAUCAAUCUACUAUCCAAAAUUAAGUAACCAAAUCAGUUCUAAACAGUCAGUGCUUGCAAACCACAACUCCUUAACACUUUGGAUUUGCCAUCUUGCAAGUAUUAUUUUAUGUAAAUCUACGAUUAUGGAUUUAAACUGUUUAAGGUCUGUAUUUUAUAGUUGGUCGUAUACCAGUGAGAGAUGUUAACAAAGUACCGUCGUUCUCACAAAAGAAUAGAGUUGUUAAUUCAAGUGAAAUACAUAAAAGUUGAAACUCAAAUAAAAAAUAAUUUUUUGCAAUAUCAGGAAGCCUGUGAAAUAAGUGAUUAGUUAGGCUAGUAUUGGGAGUAGCAUCAACGAGUAAGAAUCAAGAUUAAUAUGAAGACGUGUAAUUUUGAUGAAUAGUUAGGUUAGCUCUGGAUUUUUUCCUUAUUGCUUUUAACAAAAGGAGGAAUCAAAUGCAUCAAAAUAGAUUACUACAAACUGAUGGUAUGUCAUUUGUUUCUUCACUUCAAAUGAAAUGAGGCUAUCUAAAUAUUACCAUUUCUUAAUUAUUCAGCAAUUAGGUACAUUUCUCACAAUACAUAUAAUAACUGUUUGGGUGUGAUUCGGUUGGUGCAUUUGUUCCUUGCUACAUAUUUCUUUGUGAUAAAGUAUGUAGAUACAUCCAAAGAAUGACUAUACGUUUAUCCCUCAGAAUUGCAAACACUAGAUACUGCAAUUUUACGGAUAAUCAUAACGGAAAUUUCGUUACGUCAGUUAUGGAAUAAACCUUGAAAGAACUAAAAGUGGCUGGUUCAACAAGGAAUUAUCUUUUCGGCGAAUCAACUUUCAAAACCGUACAAUAAUAAUGUAUACUUACUUUUCAAGAUGAUAACAGUUACAAUAGUAGUAAUAAUGAGCUUUUGUUAAACAUGGUAACAAUGAGGUAGAAUAAACAAAAGUGUUACGUUAUUUUUAUCAGAGAAGCUAAUGAUAGUUCUAUUGUUGAGGUCUUGAAUAUUCAUAAAGAUAGGGAAAUUGUAAUUGGGAUAGGAAGGCUCAGCAUCAUUAAAUGUUGACAUUGAAAUGAAAUAUAAUCGGCUGGACAAUAGAAACAAAAAUAUACCAGUUGGGGGUAAAAGGUCUAUAGAGACGCUCUUCCACUCGUUUACUAGGUAUUCGCAAUGCAGUGAAAGCUAACAUUGGAUACACUGCGGCUCAACUCGUUUAUGGAACGACACUUCGACUUCCAGGAGAAUUCGUGGAUCCUUCAUCCUCUUCAAUGAACAUGGAUCUAACCUCCUGCACGAACGGGCUUACAAACGCAAUGCGUUCAGUUAAACCUGCUUCCACUCGACCACAACCAAUUGAUGUUUUCGUUCAACCUGGCUUACGAUAUAGUACACACGUUUUCGUUCGACGAUAGUCGCAUCGACGACCAUUCGAAUCAGCAUACGAGGGACCUUUCAAAGUUCUUCAACAUGAAUCUAAGUACUAUAUAGUCGAUAAGAACGGAACAAACGAUAGCAUCAGCAUCGAUCGCUCAAAAGCAGCGUAUUUAGAAGGAAAUCCUAUCUACGUCGAUUUCAUUUCCGUACAAUCGCACAACACGACUCCUACACUCAUAAUUCCUCAACCAACACACACGAUAAUACUCCGGAUGUAUCUGAAAAUAAACUUAAAACGACGCGUUCUGGAAGAAGAGUAGGAUUUCCAGAACAUUUAAACGACUACUGAACAUAAGGCACUACUCGACAUUUUAUAUUAUUUCGAUCUUUCUUUUUACGAUAUAUAAUAUUUAAAAAAUAACAGUUUUAAUAUGUUUAUAUAUUUACAUUAUUUAAUAAAAAAGAAAAAUUUUUUAACG